AUGGCUUCUAUUAUGUCCGCCCCAGACUACUCUAUGGCUGCGACCAGUCGGUCGAAGUUGAGUGUACGUCUGCCAAAGGAAACUCUCUACUCCUCUUUGAGAGAAUCGUCUCGGUACUUUAACUUUGACUCGGAAACAGCCAAGCUUGCUCGAGAUGCCGACGACUGGCUUACAUCGCAUCCUGGUGCUUCAGGUUCUGGCACUUCCAAAGACAUCAAUGGUGUAAGCCGGCCAUCGUCGAUUGCACCGAGCAACUUUAGUGUCCGCUCUCUUCCCGCAGAUUAUAGCAUGCCGGAACACCAUGGGAAGGAGUACCCUCAUCCUUUGAUGGGGUCUGUUCGGUAUAACGAGAUUCGUCCACGAUCUGCUGCACCUACAGAGAGUACUGAGAAACUUCAAUCGUCACCUCCCGUGAGUGGAGGAGAACACUCGGGGCCUCAGCAAGAAUAUCCUACUGACAACUCCAUCAUUGCAACGGCAAUUCCAAGAAUCACCGACGCCUUUCAGAGUCUCAACGACGUCGGGUGGUACGGGUCGGCAUACAUGCUUACAACGGCCGCACUGCAGCUGUUCUUUGGCAAGCUGUAUACCUAUGGCAGCAUCAAGUGGACGUUCCUAGCAGCCAUUGCCAUCUUUGAAGUGGGUAGUCUCAUAUGCGGUGUCGCUCCCAACAGUAUCACGCUCAUCGUGGGACGGGCUAUUGCUGGCGUCGGCGGUUCUGGCAUCUUUGCGGGCGCGCUCACUAUCCUUGCCUUUUCGGUGCCGCUUCACAAGAGGCCCAUGUACACUGGUCUUGUCAGUGACAAGGUAUCAUGGCGAUGGUGUUUCUACAUCAACCUUCCUAUCGGUGCCAUUACCGUUUUUGUUAUUCUUUUCUUCUUCCCUGAACCUGUGCGAGACAUUGAGCCUGCGACAUGGCGAGUACGCUUCUGGCAGCUCGAUCCUAUCGGGACCGCCAUCUUUAUGCCCGCCAUCGUGUGUCUCUUGCUGGCUCUACAAUGGGGUGGUGUUGACUAUGAUUGGGAUGACUCCGUCAUAACGUCUCUUUUCAUGCUGUCAGCCUUUCUUCUUAUCGUGUUUGUCUACAUACAAUACAAGAUGGACGAGAAUGCUACCGUCCCUCCGCGUAUCUUUAAGAUGCGCAGCGUCUGGGCCGGUGCCUGGUUCUCCUUCAACACGGGCGCAUGCUUCCUCACAGCCAUGUACUUCCUGCCCAUAUGGUUCCAAGCUGUACAAGGGCAAUCACCCAUCAUGUCUGGUGUGAGAAACCUCCCCAUGCUCCUUGCCAUUGUUCUCUGCGCUAUGGGGGCUGGUGCAGCAGUCAGCGCUUGGGGCUACUAUACGCCCUUUAUGAUUGCCGGCGCAGUACUCAUGGCCAUAGGAUUUGGUGUCAUUACCACCUUUGAAGUUGACACUUCAACAGCCAAAUGGGUAGGGUUCCAACUUAUUGCUGGUAUCGGCGUGGGUGUUGGUCUACAGCAGUCCCUAAUCGCAGUGCAAGUCGUUUGUGAGAUGGUCGACGUUCCCACAGCCACAGCCCUCAUUGUCUUUUCACAGACUCUCGGCGGUGCGCUCUGCGUCACAGCUGGCAACACUGUGUUUACAAACACGCUCAUCAACAAGAUUCACGAGUAUGUGCCUGGUCUGGAUCCCUACUUUGUCAUUGCGACUGGCGCGACGAAUAUUCGCAGCGUUAUUCGAGAAGAGUGGCUGGACGGUGUGAUUCUGGCGUACAACGAUGCGUUGACGACGAGUUUCUACGUUGGAGCUGGAACCGCGUCUGCGACCAUUAUUGGUGCUUUGUUGGUUGAAUGGAAGAGUGUCAAGGGGAGGGAUAUUGAGAUGGCAGCUGCUUAA